AUGACAAAAUUUACAUCAUCUCCCAAGUUGAACCAGGCAGAACCAAUUGCUAUCAUUGGUAGCUCUUGUCGAUUUCCGGGAGGAGCCACAUCACCAGCCGCACUUUGGGAGUUGCUUCAAAAGCCACGAGAUGUUCUACAGAAGAUCUCCUCCGAUCGUUUCAACCCCACGGCGUUUUACCACAAGGAUGCCGAUCACCACGGAACAACGAAUGUCCAGCAUGCCUAUCUGUUAGCAGAAGAUCCAUGCAAGUUUGAUCCAUCGUUUUUCAAUAUCACCUCCCGUGAAGCAGAAGCCCUAGACCCUCAACAGAGGGGACUGUUAGAGGUUGCAUAUGAAGGCAUAGAAAGCGCUGGAUAUGGCAUCGAAGGCCUUCGAGGGACAAACACCGCAGUCUUUGUAGGGUCAAUGACUGCCGAUUACUACGACAUUCAAAUGCGUGAUAUCAACACUGUUCCCCAAUAUCUAGCGACAGGAACAGCUCGUAGUAUAUUAUCAAAUCGCAUUUCCUACUUUUUCGAUUGGAAGGGCCCGUCAAUGACUAUUGACACGGCAUGUUCAUCCAGUUUAGUUGCUGUCCAUCACGCAGUGCAAAGCCUGAGAAAUGGCGAGUCAUCUGUGGCAAUUGCAGCGGGAACCAACCUCAUUUUCGGUCCUGAGAUGUUCAUAUAUGAGUCCAAACUACACAUGCUAUCGCCUGAUGGUCGUUCUCGGAUGUGGGACGCGGGUGCAAACGGUUAUGCUAGGGGGGAGGGCUUCGCUGCUAUUGUAUUAAAGCCUUUGUCAAAAGCACUAGAGGAUGGCGAUGAGAUCGAAAGCAUCAUCAGAGAAACCGGUGUCAACCAGGAUGGUAGGACGAGAGGAAUUACAAUGCCGAGUCAUGAAUCUCAAGAAGACCUCAUACGCAAAACUUACGCAAAAGCAGGACUGGACCUGUCACGUCCCGGUGAUCGCUGUCAAUAUUUUGAAGCGCAUGGUACGGGCACAAAGGCAGGCGACCCGAUAGAAGCACGAGCUAUCUCUCAAUCAUUCGUCAAUGGAGAAAGUCCUGGGAAAGGGGACCCUUUAUACGUUGGAUCGGUCAAAACCGUCAUUGGCCAUCUCGAGGGCGCAGCGGGACUUGCAGGAAUAUUAAAAGCUUCACUAGCUCUUCAGAAAGCCCAAAUACCGCCAAACCUUCUUUUCGACACUUUGAAUCCAGAAGUUGAACCAUUUUAUAAAGGUUUGAAGAUCCCAACGACUUUGACAAAUUGGCCUAUUCUUCCCGUCGGCGAGCGCCGACGAGCUAGUGUAAACAGUUUUGGGUUUGGAGGGACUAAUGCUCACGUUAUAUUGGAGAGUGUUGAUCGAGCAUCGUCUCUAGAAGAAGUUGCACCGAGAUCGAGCAACGAGACUCUCUCUAUUCUCCCCAUUUGCUUAUCCGCAGCAUCUGAUAUCUCCUUAGUGGACCUCUUAAGACGAUAUGUUGCUUAUAUAGAGGGAAACACAGAGUUGAACUUGUCACAUUUGGCGUCAACACUUCUUUUUCGAAGGUCCAAUUUGCCUCGAAAAGCAUCUUUUGCCGGUUCCGAUGCAAGAUCCCUCUGUGAGGCAAUGACAGCGAAAAUUUCAGAGUUGACAGCACAGAAGACUCAAAUAAUUCCUGCUAAAUCUGAGACUACCAACUCAAAAAUACUGGGCGUAUUUACUGGCCAGGGUGCUCAAUGGGCGACAAUGGGAUCAGGAUUGCUCCAAUCCUGCCCCUUAUUUGCAACAACAAUUCAGAACCUCGACCGCGAACUCUCAAAUCUGCCUGAUCCACCUGCGUGGACAUUAACAGAGGAAAUAAAAGCACAAUCCGCCGAAAGUCGUGUUGGUGAAGCUUUGAUAUCCCAACCGCUAUGUACGGCGUUACAAAUAGGAUUGGUCGAUGUCUUAAAAUCGGCAGGCAUCAAACUUCAUGCAGUCGUUGGCCAUUCUUCGGGCGAGAUAGGUGCUGCUUAUGCUGCCGGUAUAAUUUCUGCAAGAGAAGCAAUUUGUAUUUCUUAUUACCGUGGACUUUACGCCCACCUGGCUGGGGGUUUGGAUAAUGAGCAAGGUGGCAUGAUCGCCUCUGCUUAUAACUUUGAUCAAGCCUCGGUGCUUUGUAACCAAGAUCAGUUCGAAGGGAGACUUUGCGUCGCAGCUUGUAACAGUCCUAACAGUGUCACUUUGUCUGGUGAUAUGGACGCGAUUGAGGAAGCCAAGGAACACUUUGAUGGCGAAGGCACAUUCUCAAGAAUUCUCAAAGUUGACACUGCCUAUCAUUCACAUCACAUGGAACCUUGCGCAGAGCCAUAUAUGGCUGCACUGCGCAGUUGUAACAUCACUCCAAGAACAUCUGCAGCACCAGUUUGGAUAUCUUCUACGUACGAUACUUGGGAUUCGACCUCUCAAGAUCUGUCUCUGUUGAAGGAUACAUACUGGAAGGACAAUAUGACUGGACAGGUUCGUUUCUCGCAAGCAAUAUGCAGGGCUGUAGAGCAAGAAGGCCCCUUCGAUACGAUCAUCGAAAUCGGUCCUCAUGCUACAUUGAAGAAUCCAACGCUGAAAACUAUUAAAAACUUCAGCAACCGUGAAAUCCCACUUCAAUAUCAAGGGCUUUUGGAGCGCGACAAAAACGAUCUGGUUUCGUGUGCAAAGGCAAUGGGCGGCCUCUGGUCACAACUGGGACCUGAAUGCGUUGACGUGAAGGCUUAUAGCAAGCUCUUUUCCGUGGGGCCACAUACCCAGCAUGUGACCUUGCUGAAAAAUCUUCCUACCUACCCAUGGCAACACACCGCUCGUUACUGGAAAGAGUCUCGCAUUUCACAAAGAUUUCGUCUGUCACAGGAAGCACCACACGAGCUUCUUGGGUGCAGAGUACCAGAUGAUAAUGACCAUGAGAUGAGGUGGAGAAAUCAAUUGAGUGUGGAAGAAAUACCUUGGACGCGUGGUCAUGUGUUCCAAAGCCAGCCGUUGUUUCCCGCCGCUGGGUAUAUCUCCAUGGCGCUCGAGGCUUCAGUCAGGUUAGCGCAAGGAAGGGAGAUACGAGCCAUAGAGCUUGUCGAUAUGUCAAUUAAGAAGGCCAUUAUUCUGGAGAGUUCGAAAAGUGUUGAGACAUUAUUCACGAUGGCGACACAGAGUAGAACCCAAGAGGAAUGCGGAGAGAUUAUCACAGCACACUUCAAAUUGUACGCAUAUGACAACCAAUGUUCGGAUGAUCCUGAGCACUUUGGUGGUCAUGUCAAUCUAAUUCUCGGAUCUGCAACCUCAAAUUUGCUACCAUCUCGUCCUAGUGCGCAGACACCCCUUGCUGAGGUAAACGUCGACAGAUUCUAUGAGUCUUUGUCGGCCAUAGAUCUCGACUAUACCCAAGACUUUCGAGGUAUACUGAAGCUACACAGACGCAUGGAUAAAGCAUGUGCAUCUGUGCAGAGAACAGCUAGAGACACCAACGGUAAUGAGUUACUGGUACAUCCAGCUUUUCUGGAUGUCUGCUUACAAACGCUUUUCGCUGCCUUUUGUGCUCCUGGCGAUGGGAGUUUAUGGACAACAUAUCUUCCAACAAAGGUCGGAAAAGUCGUUAUCAAUCCAUCUCAAUUCGGGCGAGGCAAUUCUAUGCUUGCGACAGUUGACAGCCACGUCACAUUGGCGUCAUCUCACGCCGUAGCUGGAGAUAUUGAGAUAUUUGACCUUGAAGACAACAUGAUGAUACAAAUACAACAACUUGAAUGCACCUCAUUUUCUCCAGCAAACCCGAGCAAUGACCGCAAGCUAUUCUGCAAGACAGCUUGGAUGGCGGAUAUCAUGAGCGGCUCCCCAGAUGAUGCAGUGAAGUUGGAAGAUCCCGAAAACCAAGACGAGAUCAUCGAAAUAUGCGAACGGGCAGCUUUCUUCUACCUCAGAAGGUUAAGACAAGCAAUCUCUUUGUCAGAGGAACCUUCAUUCAAGGUCCAUUUCCAACGACUGUUGAAGUUCACCAGCUACAUCACUCCCCUCCUGGCCUCUGGAAAUUACGAAGGCGUCGACGCUAAGUGGACCGCCGACUCACUGGAAGCUAUCGAAGCCUUAGUGCAAAAAUAUCCAGAUGUCGUCGAUUUACAGUUGGUGCACGUAGUCGGAAGCAACCUGAUUGAUAUUGUCCACGAGAAAGUGGAUACUCUUGAGAUCAUGCGAAACAACAACAUGCUGGAUCGCCUGUAUGUCGAAGGGAUUGGCUUCCGAAAUGCCAACAUGAAUGUCUCUGCUAUUUUGAAUCAAUUAUCACACAGACAUCCUCAUAUGAAUAUCCUUGAAAUUGGUGCUGGAACUGGAGGGACCACGCGGAGUGUGUUUGAAGGUCUUCGACGGAAAUAUUCUGCCUACAAGUAUACCGACAUUUCUUCGGGAUUCUUUGAAUCGGCUCGUCAAAUAUUCAAGGAUGAGGCUGAUAAAUUGACGUUUACGAAACUUGAUAUCGAAUCUGAUCCCUCUCUUCAAGGAUUCCAAGACAAUUCUUAUGAUCUCAUUGUUGCAUCUAACGUUCUGCAUGCGACACGGACCCUGAAGAAAACCAUGACGAAUGUUCGGAGGUUGCUGAGACCAGGUGGCUAUCUAGUGCUUAUGGAAAUUACUGGACAAAAUCUACGGAAUCAAUUCAUCAUGUCUGCUCUUCCAGGCUGGUGGCUUGGUGUAGAUGAUGGUCGUCCUCACGCUCCAACUAUCAGUGAAGUACAAUGGGAUUCACUCUUACGAGAAACAGGCUUUUCCGGAAUUGACGUGGUCAAGCGUGAUAGGGAAGCCACAUUUCGCCAUUCCAAUUCGGUCAUGGUCACUCAAGCUCUUGAUCAAACAGUUGAGAUUUUGAGAGAACCUACGAGCUUUUUGGAAAUGAUACCUAAGCCAGAACGUCUCGUUGUCGUUGGUGGCAACGACUUGACGACGGUCAAGAUAGUCGGUAGUAUACAGAAACUGCUUAGACCUUGGGGUUUAGCGAUUCAUGUUAUAAAAAGUCUAGAAGAUCUGGAUGUUUCACGACUUGAUUUCGGAAGCACCUCCAUUGUUUCACUUCUAGACUUUGAAUCUUCCUACUUUAAAAACUUCACGACCACCAAACUCAAAACACUGCAAAACGUUCUCGAAAAGUCAAGACAAGUGCUAUGGGUUUCCAAGAAUGGCCGAUCCACGAACCCAGAGGCAAACAUGAUGACUGGACUUUCGCGGACCCUGCAAUUCGAGUUACCUCAUCUGACAUUCCGUACGCUAGAUGUUGAGGAGGAUAACGCAACCCCACAAGAGCUAGCACACCAAAUUACGGCAAUAUUUCUCCGAAUAAUGCUUGAGACGGCCGAAAAUCCAAUGCAAGGUGUUUUGUGGAGUGCGGAGCCGGAACUGAUGUAUCAGAACGGCAAUGUCAUGAUUCCCAGGAUUAUUCAGAAUGAACAGUUGAAUAACCGGCUUAAUUCCAUUCGAAGACCCAUACUGCAGCCAGUCGACAGCAAGGAUCUAGCCAUUGAGUUGAAACGAGAUCAUUCUAAUCAGUCGUUUUCAGUCCAGCAGCUAGACCUGGCGAAUGAUCAUCCAAGCAGCUCGGACACCGUCGCUAUACGAGUCAAGUUCUCUUCCCUCAACUCAAUCCGGAUGUCUCGCGGUUCUUACCUAUUUCUCUGCAUAGGAAAAGUCAUAUCGACUCAUAAGCAAGUCAUUGCUUUGUCAUCUGUUAACUCAUCUAUCAUCUGCAUACCUCAUUCAUGGACCUUCGAGUGCCCUGAGCUUACGAAUGAAGAACUUCCAGAGUUUCUGCAGAGUCUCAUGAACCAACUGGUUGCUAAAAGUAUCAUGGAGAAGCACACACCCGCUGGUGUCACUUUAGUUCAUGAAGCCAGUCCUUCCUUGAAGACGCUGCUUUCAGAAAGUGCUAAACGGGAUGGUAUUGAGUUCUUGUUUACUGGUGAAACCGGCUCGAGUUCAGAUCACGUAAAGAGUUUGAAGAUACACCCUGCGUCUUCAGAACGUACUCUCCGCCGCGUGGUUCGGAAUGGUGUAAAAUCUAUCUUCGACCUAAGCACCGCGAAAACCUUCGCGGGCACAAUAUCGAAGGCUUUUCCUAAGUUACCUGUUCGUCAUAGUUCCUGGUUCUCUCGGAGCAAAUCAGAUCUCACUGCAAGCUUCGAAGAAGAAAACUUAUCAAAGUUGUUGCCUAGCAUUCAGGAUAUGACAACUCUUGAGUUGUUCCCCGCCAAUUCUGGAUGCAAAGUUUUCUCCAUAGCAGACAUAUCAUCUUUGACACCAGCAAAGCAAAGCCUCGAAGCGAUAAUUUCCUGGGAGGUGGAAAACCCAGUCCAUGUUGCAAUAACAGCUAUCAAAUCAACGACACUUUUCUCUGCGAACAAGACGUAUCUUCUCAUUGGAUUGACAGGAGAGCUAGGUCAAUCUUUGACUCGAUAUAUGGUAUCUAAUGGAGCAAGAUGUAUUGUCAUAGCCAGUCGAAAACCACAAGUCGCGCCCGAAUGGCUCCAAGAGAUGGCGGAUGAAGGCGCAUUGAUUAAAGUGUGUGCACUGGAUCUGACACUCCGGAAAUCACUUGAAGAUCUUGUUGGAGACAUAAGGAGCACCCUACCACCGAUCGCUGGUGUUGCCAAUGGUGCCAUGGUCUUAUUCGAUAAGGCCUUCUCUGACAUGACCUUCGAUCAAAUGAACUCAGUGCUUGAACCUAAAGUUUCAGGUACAAGAUAUCUCAAUGAACUGUUCCAGGAAGACACGCUCGAUUUCUUCAUACUCUUCUCAUCCCUCGCUUCCGUCGUUGGCAACCGUGGACAGUCGAAUUACAACACCGCCAAUAUGUUCAUGUUAAGCACUGCUCGACAAAGACGUAUCAAAGGUCUUGCUGCGAGCGUGCUUAGCAUUGGCAUGAUUAUUGGUCUUGGUUAUGUGUCUAGAAUGGGUAGUGCCACUGAAAAGCCGCUUCGAAAAUUGAACUUCAUGCCAAUAUCGGAGCGAGAGUUCCAUACUAUGUUCACAGAGGCCAUUGUAAAUGGGCGUUCCGGAUCUCAAGAUGAGUCAGAUAUUAUUGUUGGCCUGGCGGAAACCUUAGAUGCUUCAGCCAAUGUGGAACAACCUCCAUGGUUUACGAAUCCCAGGUUCUCGCAUCUCGUGAACAAAGGAGCUCCCGUAUUCCAGGUCGAAAGCAGUGUCAAGAUCAUUGCUCCAGUUGCAGAUCAACUGAGCGGUGUAACCAGUCACGAAAUCGCUAUUGGGAUAUUGCAGGUCAACUUCCUGUCAAAACUUGGCCUUAUGGUGCAAGAAGAUCCUCAAAUGAUUAAUAUAAACACACCGUUGACAAGCCUUGGAAUUGACUCACUUAUUGCAGUCGAGAUUCGGACAUGGUUCUUGAAGGAAAUGAAAAUGGAUUUCCCAAUCUUCAAGAUCCUGGGACAAGCUACGGUUGCAACGCUUUGUGAAGAAACAAUUUCGGCAAAGAUGGUUGACUGCUUGCAUACCAACGAGGUUCAAGUCUCCAAGCCGCUUUCGCCGAUUGCUAUAACAGUCUCAGAUAUUGACCUGGAAUCUCCUGGACCAAGCACUGAAAGCACAUCAACAUCAGGCAGCGCAUCGACCACGACUUCUCUCUCUGUGGCUGAAGCGAGCCCAAAGUCACCCCUUUCCGAAACAUCCGACUUUCAAUCUAGUUCAGGCAUAGAUGACAUUCCGAAGCUCGACUUUGUUCAUACAUUUGGACUAUCUUCGGGUCAAUCUACGCUUUGGUUGUUGCGCUCCUAUCUCAAGAAUAAAUCAACCCAUAACAUCGUGGUUCAAUACACGCUUCGCGGCAAUCUAGACCGCCGAGCGCUUGAAAGCUCGAUUUCAAAAACAAUUCAGAGGCACGAGAUCCUACGUACAUGCUUCUACUCCGAUCCAAUCAGUGAGAAAGCUACGCAAGGAGUGCUUGCUCGAUCUCCAUUUGCUAUGAAUUAUCUUGAGCUAUCUACUGAAUCCGAGGUUCAAGGCGAGUUUGACAACAUGAGGAAGAACGAGUUUGAUUUGGAGAAUGGUCAUUCUUUUGAUGUGACUCUAAUCCAUCGAUCGGAUGGUACACAUGAAAUCGUAUUCGCUGCGCAUCACAUCCUGAUGGAUGGUGUUAGCUGGAACGUGCUCAUGCACGAUAUUCAGAAAGCAUACCUCAAUGGCUAUUUACCGCCCCUUGGUAGUCAGUACUCCGAAUAUGUAGAAAAUGAAGCAAGAAUUAUAGGAUCUGGUGAACUCAACAACCAAUUAGCUUACUGGAAAAAAGAGUUCUCAAUACUCCCGCAACCUUUGGGACUAUUGCCAAUCUCGAAGGUGGGAGCGCGUCAGAGCAUGGAUUCAUACGAUACCAGAACUGUGUCUCUCAGUCUUGAUGCAGAAGUAGUCGCGAGAGUUCGUAAAGCCAGCAGAGGACUUAAUUCGACCCCUUUCCAGUUUUACUUGUCCGCUUUGCAAGUACUGUUAUCUCAACUGGCAUCGCAAAACGAAAUUUGUAUCGGCAUGGUCGAUGCAAAUAGAUCUGAUUCGAGAUUCAACGAAAAUAUCGGUUAUUUCAUCAAUACUCUUCCUCUCCGUUUUCAAAUCAAUGAAGACGACUCCUUUGAAACGAUCAUUUCCAAUACCAAGAACAAAGUCUACGGAGCUAUGGAGAAUUCACAAAUACCGAUUGAUGUGCUCCUCGAGAAGUUGAAGGUACCGCGGUCAGCGACACACUCGCCCUUAUUCCAGGUUCUAGUCAACUAUCGACUUGGCGCUUUGGAGCAAAAGAUGUUAGGCAAUUGUGAGAUGACAGACGCGAAAUCGAGCGUGUCUAUGACCCCGUAUGAUUUGACGCUUUUGAUUCUCGAGACGUCUGAUGGCGGAUGUCUUCUUCAAUUUGACACACAAAAUUAUCUCUAUUCGGAGGAAGACUCGAGCCAUCUCUUGAAAAUAUAUUCGCGUCUCCUCGACACUCUUUCACGGGAUUCUCACCUAGCUCCAAAACAGUGCAAGUUGUUUGACGAGGAAGAGAACCGAAAGUCGCUUGAUAUUGGAGUGGGGCCCUCAGAAGCGCUCGAUGACUCGAGGACUCUAGUCCAUCAGAUUGAUGAGCAUGCUUUAGCCAGUCCUGAAGCUAUUGCACUUACGGAUAGUUCAGGCGAGUCCAUAACCUACGAAUCGUUACGUGCGACCUCCAUGGCAAUCGCUUCGGCCAUUGGGUCUCUGUCGCAACCUGAAGUGACAGUCGGCUUGCUAUUCGAGCCAUCUAUCGACGCCGUUUGUGCCAUGAUCGCGACGCUAAGGAUUGGGGGAAGGUGUGUCCCUCUGGACUUGAGUAAUCCACUGACGCGGCUCAACGCCAUUUCAAACGACUGUAAACCAGAUGUCAUUCUCUACCACGGUGCAACCAGCGGAGCAUGUUUGGACUUGGAUGCAAAAAACUGUCUCAUGUGGGACAUCUCGGACAUCGAAGUGAUCCCGCGCAAAAAGUCGGUCAAUCUGGGACGUGGCGAACAAGAAGCCUUCAUAAUAUAUACGAGCGGUACAACGGGGAUUCCGAAAGGAAUUCGUUUAACUCAUCGAAAUCUCACCAACGCUAUUUUUGGAAUCGGAAACUUCCUCGGCAUUGGAAAAGAGACCGUGUUGCAACAAAGUUCUAUGAGCUUCGACUUAUCGAUAGCCCAAAUAUUCCUCGGGCUUGCAAAUGGUGGGAAAGUUGUCAUUGCUGCAAGAGAGCAGCGAGGAGACGCAAUCGCUUUAUCAAAUCUAAUGCUGGAGCACAAUGUCACGUUUACUUUCUGCGUCCCUUCCGAGUAUUCAAUUCUCCUUCGAUACGGAACAGUAGCACUUAAGAAAUGUCGGAACUGGCGCACUGCACUAAGUGCCGGCGAAAGAAUGACCGGUCGAAUCAAGGGGCUCUUCAGUCAACUUGCAAUACCUGUCUCUCUGUUCAAUGGCUAUGGGCCGGCGGAGACAACAAUUGUGACCCAUAUCGGAAAAGUGGCAUAUGACGAUAGUUAUGUGGAAAAUGGCGAAGAAUAUUUAUCUGUGGGAAAAUCAUUAAUGAAUGCCACCACAAGAAUAUUGGAUGCAGAUGGGCUACCUGUCCCAGCUGGGUUUCCAGGAGAAAUAUACAUUAUGGGAGCAAAUGUCGCCGCUGGGUAUACUAAUGCUGAAGAAGAAGAUUUUGAGAGAUUUGGUAUCGACCAAUAUACUAAAGGCAGUGACACGCUCAAUCGAUCAUACCGUUCUGGUGACCGUGGAAGAAUACUUAGCGAUGGAACUCUCAUUCCACUCGGACGUAUGCAAGGAGACAGUCAGGUAAAAAUCCGCGGAUUGCGUGUAGAGCUCGAAGGCAUUGCGAAUGCAAUCCUCUCAGCAGCCCAAGGAGACUUAGCGGAGGUUGUCGUUGUUGAGAGAGAGGAGAUCGAGAUGCUAGUGGCAUAUGUGACCUUUGUCAAAGAGGAAGUCGAGCGGAAUCAAAAUCAAUAUCUCGAAUCUCUUCUGGAGCAGCUUCAAAUGGCCGAUCAUGUACGCCCGAAAUUUCUCGUUCCGCUUGACAAACUUCCUCGUACGGCGAAUGGGAAAGUUGAUCGGACAAGUUUGAAAGUAUUACCAAUACACACCACUAGCACUUUUGAUUCCGAGCAGAUCUCGCUAUCGAAAUCAGAAGAAAGGAUGAGCAAAGUCUGGAGAGCCGUUCUUCGAGAAGACAAAUCCAAUCCGCUUACUAUCACCAAAUAUACGGAUUUCUUUCGACUCGGUGGGAACUCGCUUCUAGCAGUUGAAUUACAAGCUGCCGUACGCGCAGAAUUCGGUACGCUGUUGGAUCUCAGGGUAUUCUUCAAGGCAAGCAGUUUGCAUAGUAUGGCCUCGAGACUUAUGACGGGUCAAGAGGAUCUUGAUCAAAAAAUUGACUGGGACGCUGAAACUUCACUGGGUCAAGAGUUGAAACUUUCGAUUCCCUCACAGCCACUUACUACUUCUCCAUCUACCACAAAACGAGUCCUCCUUACCGGCGCCUUCGGUUUCCUCGGCAAAGCCAUCCUCCAAGAUCUCGUCAACAACGCCCAAGUAUCAGAAAUCCACUGCGUCGCCAUCCGCCAACCACCAAACCUCCCACCCCGCAAAUCUCCCAUCACAUCCCCCAAAAUCCACAUCUACGCCGGCGAUCUCUCACUCCCCCGUUUCGGCCUCUCAGAGACCGAAUUCAAUAUGAUAUCAACGAGCAUCACAACCAUAAUCCACAAUGGCGCCGAAGUCUCAUUUAUGAAAUCCUACCACUCCCUCUCGGCCGUGAACGUCAACGCGACGCGCGAGAUCCUAAAAUUCAGCCUCCCUAACCGCGCACACAUCCAUUUCGUUUCCACGGGCGGCGUGGCGGAUAUCCUUGGUCCCGACAACGAACUAAUGGAAGUCCCUGUGCCGGAAUCUCUUACACCUGAUUCUGUGCGUGAGAUCUCAGGAUACGUAGCGUCAAAAUGGGCUGCGGAGCGGGUGCUUUUUAAUGCUGCAACGCAAUUGCAGUCGAGGGUGUGGAUCCAUCGACCGAUGUACAUUAUAGGCGACGAAGCACCGAGCACGGAUCUUGUUAAUGCGAUUUUGAAGUUCUCUGUGAAGAUGAAAAGGGUUCCGGAUCUUUCGCACUGGAAAGGGUCCUUUGAUCUCGUGUCUGUGGAGAACGUCGCUGCUGGUAUUGUUCAUGCGGCUGUGGAUGGCGAGGGUGAGGAUGGAAAAGUAGUUGUUAAACAUGAGGCUGGGGAUUUUAUGGUGUCGUGUUCGGGGCUUGGGGAGCAUAUAUUGAAGGAGUAUGGGGUUGAGUGUGAGGUUGUUGGGUUUGGGGAGUGGAUCCGAGCUGCAGAGGAGUGUGAGUUGCCUGCUAUGUUGGGGGGUUAUUUGAGGGGGAUUGUGGAUUUGGAGGUUACUUUGCCGAGGUUGGGAAGGAGUUGA